AUGCAAUGGCCCGAAUCUGACGAGGCGCCGACACCAUCGCUGGUGCACGAGCAACCAGGGUCCGACUAUGUCGGGAAAGGAUUACACACCACGACGAAUACGCUCAUCUUGUCCAACCUGCCAGUAGAGUUCUUCAUCCCGCACAUCUGCUCGCUGCUGCUCUCGCUGCUCAACACGUAUGGACCGAUGGUUCGCUGGACACCGUUUCCCUCGGUAGGGCGAGCGGUCGUGGUUUUCCAAAAUUCGGAGGGAGCAGGCUUGGCCAAGGCAGGUUUGGAUCGACUCGUCUUGCCAUUCGAGGACAGCGACGUUCAAGACGUACAAAGAGCGUCAGACGAGGAUGACGGCACGAUUCUGCGCGCCGUAUUCGGGGCGCCGAUCGACCCGAAUUCCGAGCCAGAUACCCUGGCAGUGCCAACGACGGACAAAAACUUCCUGAUCUCACCACCGGGCAGUCCACCGGUAGGAUGGGAGCCGAUUCGAGAAGAUCCACCCAACAGAGAUACGCUGGCUGACGACCUCAUGAAGGCGCUUGCAGAUCUGCGAGAUACGGGCAGCCACAUUGAAUCUCAUCAGCCACGCGUCUGGGGCGAGUCGACUCCAGGCGAUCAGGCCUCUGAAGAGCGCAAGAGCGGAGGAGCUGGCACGCCCGAAGUCAUUCUCGCACCCAGCACCGCACCGGCUAUGCGAAACUUUCAACCGGGCUGGCUGCGAGGUGGCCAACAGGAGACCGAGGCGAAUCAGGGUGACGAGCAGAUCGACGUUCCUGGCGUGACCGUGCAGGCGUUUGACGGAGAUGGUGCAAGCGACGAGGGCGCUGGAGGUGGAGCUCGACUGUAUAACGGAUUCAGCAUCAGCUCGGUCAAAGCGACGGUAGACUCGAUGCGUGGACCGAUCUUGAGUGCAGGAUUGGGAUCAGGGUCGGGUCUCGACGCAGGCGACACGGGAUCGAGACGCAUCACACCGACCAGCCGGCCGCCACUGAACGGCGAGGAGGACUACCGUGACGCAUAG